CAUCUUUCUCCAUCUUCCGAUGUUUGCAUUCAAAUUUGUAGAUAUUUUUUCCUUCAUACUUUAUUGAUUAUUCGAAGCGUCGCAGCCGGUUUUCUGCGCCUUUUGUUUGUACUUUUCCUAUAUAUCUCUUCUUCGUCGAAUCGCACUGUUCCCGCCCGCGUUGAGAUCGCCUUCGAAAAGCUGGCACUUGCCUCUGGCCGCAUCAGACGUCACACAAUAACACAGACCAAGGGCAACAUUUCAGCGAGAAAUUGAUUUCGGCUCCUAUUUCUGAGGCGGGAAGCCAUGUCGCAAUCCAGCGGCUUUCAUCCCUUUGGGGGUCGAUUGAGCCGGCGCUGGAAUAGGGACUCGCUAAGUCCUGACGAUGCAUACCUUAGCUAUCACGAUAUACGAUUAACACGAGAAGAUGUGGAAACGCUCAAGGAUGACUGGUUAACGGACAACAUCAUCGCAUUCUGGCAGGAAUAUCUCGAGCGAGAAUACCUCGGCAGCAUGCGCAACAUCAACAUCGUUCUUCUCCGCCCUUCCAUGUCCUUUAUGCUUACACAUACCCCCGACCCGUUGACGCUGAAGGGCGCCCUCCCGGACUUCUCCAAGGCUUCUCAUAUAUUUCUUCCAAUCAAUGACUGCGGCGACGUAGAAACCCCUGAAGGCGGGUCUCAUUGGUCGCUGUUGCUGGUCAGCAUCAUCGACGGCGUAGCCUUUCACUAUGAUUCGCUCAACCCGUCGAACCGCUCCUCCGCGCGCAUCGUGGCCGAGAAAAUCAGCAAACUCGUUAAAAGUCAAAUGCAGAACCAGCCGCUCAAGUUUUUGGACCUUGAGGAUACGCCUCAACAAGAAAAUUCGACAGACUGUGGUGUUUACGUGUGUAUGCAGAUGCGCGUGCUCCUCCUGGACCGGUUAUUGAAGACGAACAAGGAGGAGAAGAUCACCAUGGCAAUUUCUGAAAAGGAACUGCCAAAAACCAACGAUGGACGCCGGGAAAUGCUAAAAAUAAUUGAAGGAUUUCGUAAAGAAGGUGAACGGAGACGAUCUCCCAGUGCAAACUCCAGGAGGUCUCAGGCGAGCGGUGGACCGCCUCGCAUUGAAUGAUGCAUCAUGUAACAUUGCAUAUACGACAACAGCAACGUGCCGUCCACUAAAGACGAUGAUGUACUAUAAGCCUAUUUUUCUUUAUACAAUUGGAAAAUUAGUUGGCUUUUUUUUCUUGGGGCAGAGUAUACAGCAGCACGAUGAUUUCCUAUUCGUUUGGCAUUGUAUGAGUACAGGAAGCAAGAGCGACUUUUAUGUCUUUGAUUUUGUACUAUACCUAGACGUCACAUAUAUAUCUUUCGAAACAGAGAGGAAGAAGAAGUAAAAUACAAUGACGAAUACUAUGAAGAGUUAUCAAAUUUCCAAUCCU